AAACUGUCCGUUGCAGUUGUCAACAAUGCAAGAAAUUAUUAGUUUGCAGUAUAAUCUGUGAAUGUUCAGGACUACCAAAUAUACCUCCUACACUUAAAACAAAAACGCGUAGCUCUUUAUUGUUGUUGCUAGUAGCAUUUUGCUAGCCCAGCUGGCUAUUUUUGUCUCCAAACUGACCGGAGCUUAUCAGCUGUGAUGUCUCUGCCUCCAGAGAAAGCGUUGGAGCUGAAGCAAAUCAUUCACAACCACCUGCUCAAGACGGAUAUUCACAGGAAGAUCCGAGAGGUGUUGGCUGAGACGAUGAGGGAGGAGCGAGGCUCAGCGCACAGGUCUCUGUCUGAAGCAGAUUUCCUUCGUGCUCUGCAGCGCCGGGGCAUCGUGGAUGAUGUGAUGAAAGACCUCCACUUUACACAGGACACAGGUGCAGAACCAGGAUCUCCACCCAAACCUGCUACUCACUUUAUUGACAAAGAUAUUACUCAGCUGAAAAAAACAAACAUUGACCCAUCGAGGCGGUACCUGUAUCUCCAGGUGCUUGGAGGCAAGGCCUUUCUGGAGCACCUCCAGGAACCGGAGCCUUUACCUGGUCAGGUGUGUUCCACGUUUACACUCUACCUACAUUUCCGCAACCAGAGGUUUCGCUCUAAACCAGUGCCCUGUGCCUGCGAGCCUGACCUGAAGGAGGGCUUCCUCUUGGAGAUACACAGAGACGGUACAGGAGACGGCAGUAAGAUGGCAGAUGCGACCGCAAUGCUGUCUCUGUGUGACCCAGUGCACUUUGUCCUGAUCAAGACAGACACCUCCAGUGAGACAACGCUGAUCUCGUCCUACUUCCUGGACUGGAGGACCGUCCUCAGUUCGCCCAGCGGCAAGACCUGCUUCGCUGUAGAACUGAUGGGAGUUGGAAGUGAAAGCAAAGUCCCAGCUGGAGUCUUGACUGUCAGUCUGGAGCUCUACCCUCCGCUCACCGAGACUCUGCGCGCUGACAUCAUCAGCACACAGCAAUCGCUGGAGAAGCAGAGGACGGCAGAGAAGGAGAGGCUGUUCCUGGUUUACGCCAAACAGUGGUGGAGGGAGUUCCUGGAGAUCCGGCCGUCACACCAGUCCAAACUGGUUAAGAUAUUCGCACAGGAUGAGAAUGGCGUCAACAGGCCGGUGUGCUCGUACGUGCGCGUGCUCCGAGCGGGCCGCCUCCUGGAGAACCCUCGCCAGGCGGCCCGCUUCGUCAGCCUGCUGGCCCACGAGAAGGCCCCCGUGGUGGGAGGGGGAGGAGGCAAGCAGGAGCAGUGGUGCACGCUAAUGGCUUUCCUGUGUAGAGGGAAGGGGGACUGCGAGGACCAUGCCACCCUGCUGUGCAGCCUCCUGCUGGGCUUUGGCCUGGACGCGUACGUUUGCGUGGGCACCAAAGCCAAAGGAGUGCCACAUGCCUGGGUCCUGACCCGCGGCACUGAUGGGAGCAUCACCUUCUGGGAGAGCCUGACGUCUCACAGGUAUCUGCACCGGGCCAUAGAUCCAGAUGCUCCACCACUGGCCCCCCAGCCCAAGCCCUCGUCCCCCUACCGCACCGUGGGCUGUGUCUUCAACCACCACACCUUCCUGGCCAACUGCCAGCCGUCUGAUGCCGUGGAGCUUUGUGUCUUUGACUUCCAGAAUCAGUCACGGUGGAAAGCGAUGAGCGAAGAGGCUCUUAAGUCUGUUUGUGCCCCGGGGUCCACCACCUCUUUACCCCCUCUCCCUCCGCUCUGUGCCCCGUCUCUGGAUCCCGCCGCGGCCAGCAAUCAGCUGGAGCUGGAGAUGCGCUACUUGAUCUCAGAGCACAGGAAGGACCUUGACCUGGCCACAGUGUGGGACGACCACCUGUCCUACCUGCUGUCCUCGGCCCUGUCCGCCUAUGAGCUGGAGCGUUGCACCGGCGUCUCCUGCGGUAACGAGGAGUUCCAGGACGCGGUGAGGAGGGCUGUGCCAGAUGGACACACAUUCAAAGGCUUCCCUAUACACUUCCUGCACCGCAACGCUCGCAGAGCCUUUGCCACCUGCCUCAGGUCUCCGUUCUGUGAGGAGAUAGUGUGUUGUCGUGGCGACCAUGUGAGGCUGGCGGUCCGGGUCCGGGUGUUUGUGUAUCCUGAGAACGUGUGUGCGGUGUGGCUCAUGUUUGCGUGUAAAUACCGCUCCGUGCUCUGACCGCUGGAGAGAGAGAAAAAAACAAAAAAACAUUGACUCCAGUUUUAUAUCUUCAGGAGGACACUGAACGAGGAACACGGUGCUUACAGGUUUGUGUGAGUGUUGGUAAAAGCACCUGGACCCACAUUGAGAUUGAAUUCAUUUUUACAGCUGCGCAGAUAUUUUUUGUGUAGUAGACACAUUUGUACAGAUAUUUAUUUUUGCAAAUAAACAGAACUUUGUUCAUCUUA